CUGAGAAACCCGACAAAAGAACCGGUGGAUCUUGAAAGAACUCCUGUCAGGUCGAUAGGCACGUGCGGCAGCAAUUGUGCGCGUCUGUGGAACUUUCGGCUGACGACUUAAGACUACCCUUUCGGCUGCCGCCGUACCCUCCUUCAGCGUUUCGCCCGAUGUCUCCACCUCCGACCUUUCCUGACCAGGAUUGGUAUCGCCAGUCUGUCCUUCCGGUGUACCCAGCUCACUAUCACCAGCUGACACAAACGUAGACGCACAAGCUUCCAUCUCGAAGAUGUCGCCCAAGUCGAUCUCAGGCAGGCCGAGAAGGGAACCUUCCUCAGCCGCGCCGAUCGCACUCGCAGUGUCAGCGUCGCUCAUGGAAAAAUCCCCCAUCAUGCCCUCGCCAUCUUGGUUGAGUGGUGCUAAAUCCGUCCGUUGUUCGUGUUCUACUGGGUUGUCGGGGGGUUCGUCCACAUCAGCCUCGUCUUGCUGGACGCCCGACACGGUGCUGCCAAAAAGAGCGGCGCCGCCAUCAUCGGCUUCGACUUCGUGUGGGGCAUCCGCUUCCCCACUUGUGACUUCCUCCGCCGUCGUGUCUUCGUCUCCCACGCUAUCGGGCGUUCCCCGCACGCUGCUUCCGACCACCCCCACUUCGAUUGUGUCGCCGAUCUCCGCCGAACUUUGACCAGGUUCGGACGUUGAUCUCUUCCGUCGACGGCGUGUGACCCGCCGUCGGCGUCCGAUGCCGUGCAUCCCCUUGAAGAGUUCCGCCAGCUGGUUCGGAUGCACGUCAGUUCAAGCCGUUCAUGCAAACGGCAGAAGGCUUCUGUGCCAAG